UUUUCUUUUUGGCUAAUUUAGAAUUGUAGAAUUUCAUGGUGUUGUGGGUGACACAUAUACGUAGAAAAUAUUAGUGUAAGACUAAACUUUGGCACCAACUGCUGGAAAUGGAAUCAAUGGAAUAUGAGCUCGCUAGAAAUCUCACUCUAUUGUUCUUCGUGGAGCGCCUACUCGAUAAAGGCGAGCCGAGAACGUUGCACGAUCUUUCCUGUCAGUUUGGUGCCAAGGGAUUCACGAAGGAGAUGCGUCAGAUCGCUGGCGGGUCGCAAUCGGGCCUUAAGAAGUUCCUGGCUCAAUAUCCAGCGUUGUUCAGCAUAGACGGGGACUAUGUUGAUAUCAACACGUUCCAGAGGCACCCGAGCGGCGCUGGCGUCUCCUCGAACAGCGACUACAUUGAAGAAGCAAAGGAGUACUUCGCGAGUAAGAUGGUCCAGUACGGCGAAGGGACCGAAGUGCCAAUCAAAAGCUUACUAGGUCACAGAAGCCAGGCAUCUCCGCAAGUGCGUCACAUUUCUGGACAGCGCAUCAAAGAGUUUAAGGAGUUCCUCAUGAAGCAUCCAGACACAUUUCAAAUCGUCGAAGACAAUGUUAUUCUAGUCAGUGAGAAUCAUAGGCGAGAUCACAAUCACGGUAACUCUGAACAAUUUCAUAACUUGCCUGUAGCUAAUAUUAAUACAGAUACCGCACAGCAACUGUUGGAUUAUGUUGCACAGUGCAUUGAAGCAAAAGGACCUGUAAUGGUUGAUCAGCUCUUUCACCUAAUUGUGUCUCGCUUCCCCCAAGAAUAUUGGUAUCAAAUGUUUAAGACGCCGGCUGAUUUGAGUGCAUUUCUGAAACUCUUUUCCGAUAGCUUUCAUGUUCAGUCAAACCUUGUAACACUCAUUAGUAAGCCAAAAAUACCUGUAAUGUAUUUAAAUGCUAAAUCUAAAGUGAAGACUGACCCACCAAAGCAAGUUGUAGAAGAGAAACCCAUUUCCCCUGCUCCGCCUAUCGUUGUGAGCCCCACUCCCUCAGAUGGCACAAAGAGCCCUGCAACUAGAAUACUCAGUCCUGUAGAAUCUCCCCGUUUUACACACCCACAAGCUAAUAUAGCAAAUCAGACUCUUAAGCAAAGAAUAAAUUCAAUUGUAAUUAAAAAUUUAGCUGAAAAUAUGGUCAGAGAUAGAGUUAAUAAUCACCUCAACCGUUCUGAAGAGAUGAAUGGUACAGCAACUACUAGAAACAGUAUGAUGGGUGAAGCAUGGAGACAAAAAGUUUUACAGAGUGCUACGGUUAUUACCAGUGUCAGAGAAUGUAUGACAUUGAUUGAUAGUAUUAUGAGCAGUAAGCGCACCACCAAACCUAUUGUCUCCUUUGAUUGUGAAGGUAUCAAUUUAGGACUUAAAGGAGUAUUAACUUUGUGUCAAAUCGCUACUAUGAAUGGUGAAGUAUAUAUCCUUGAUAUAAUGGCUUGUCCGGGAAUGAUCACUGAAGGUAAAAUUAAAGAAUUAUUAGAGAGUGAAAGUGUAGUUAAAAUUAUUCAUGAUUGUAGAAAUGAUUCUGUUAAUUUAUACAACCAGUUUGAGAUAACAUUGAAAAAUGUAUUUGACACACAAGCAGCUCAUGCAGUUUUACAGCUGCAACAACAAGGUGUUCCUGUUUACAAAGUUAAAAAUCUUAGCCUCAAUGCACUCUGUGAGUUGUAUAAUGCUCCAAUGAAUCCUAUGAAAGAACAGUUAAAAAACGUUUAUAGACGCGAUCAACGCUAUUGGCAAAGGAGACCAUUAACUAAAGAUAUGAUAAUUUAUGCGGCAUCUGAUGUGCUCUCACUAGUUAACCCAGCUAUCUACACAUACAUGUCUAGCAACAUUAAGCCCGAAAACCAGCAACUCUUUGAAGAACUGUCAAAUGAGCAAGUGUUUAUGCAUAUUCAGCCGACAGAAGUAAAAUUAAGAAAACGCCAGAGGAAAAUAAAUACAGAAGUUGAGGAGCUCAAACAGAAAUUAGCAGAAUCAACAAAAAAUAUAGUUUUGAGCAACAGGGAGAUAAGGUUGCUGAGAUAUUUAGAACUGACAGAGGAAGAGAAAGAGAAACUGAAAGGCUGUCACAAGAUUUCCAAGAAGUUAGAGAAGCUGGAAGCCAUUGGACAAGACAGAGACAGUGAUUCUGAUGACGAUGAGAGAGAUAAUGAGAUGGCAAGCUUGGAAUCUAAUCCAUCUGAUUCUAUUUCAUCUCCCCAUUCAACUCAACCACCCAGUUUGACUGAAUCAAUGCAAAUGAUGGAUGAGAUAUUAUCAGAUACAAAUAUGGAUAAAGUUGAGAAGAUUAAUCGUCUAGAAGCUAUUUUAUCGGCGGUGGCACCUCUGAGUGGAGAGCUGGAAGAUAAGUUCUCCCAAACUAUGGAACAAACAUUGCCUUUACUGAAAAACAAAGACUGGUCAAACUUGAGUCAAAUACUUAACAUUGGAGAACCAGACAAAAAGAAUUGCUCAUGCAGAUGCCAUAACUCUAACUUUGACGAUAUUAAAUGUAACAAUAUCAUCGAAAGUAAAAAAUCCGAGGUGGGCUCACAGACUUUAAGUACAGGUGAUAUCGUUAUCACAAGAAUCUAUUUCAGAGAGGAAGAUAAAGUCAACGAGAGAAUACUCGAUGCUUCCCCUCUGAGUAAGAGAGUAGGAAUCAAUAACAUGUCUUGAUGACACUCAGGUUAACAGUACUCUUCCGUAAUAUUUAUUUAUCUGAGUGCCACAGUUCCGUUUCGAAACUUGUUCUGUAUGUGAUCAAUUACCUUUUUUACGUAGUUAGUAAGUUUAAUAUUUUUAUUUGUAGGUUUAGGUCGUUAAAUGAGUGCGCGAACUACUUUUACGGCAAAUCCGAUUGCGGUAUAUUUGUUAUACAUAGAUUGUAUUAAUUAUGUAGUGAGGACGUGCAUUUGCGAGUGUUUAACGCCUACGCUCUUUGCUCAUUUAAGCGGAGACGUGCGUGUACAGUCAGACAAAUGCAACGGUUAUGCGCAUAAUACAACUAUAAUAAUGCUUUAUCUAGAACUGUUCGCCUCUCGCAAUGAUUUUCAUAAUAACAUUACUUAUAUAGACUUAAGUCGAAGCAAUUGUGUAUGUGAUAGUUUACGGCCUUGAUUUUUUUCUCAAUCCUUUUGGAAAUGUAAAUAAGAUAACUGAGAUAGCAUCGAGUGUAUCUUUUAAUCAGUCGUUUGCGUUUCUAAUAUCAGUGAUGGAGUAGUUAAUCUUUCGAUAUCUUUAGCGUUGUAUCGAAAAUGCAAUAUUAUCUAUCUCUAUCUUUCGUUAAGGACUUUAUUGUUCAAAUAUUUAACUAGUUAAUAUAAUAUUAUUAUAAUAACAUUAAACUAGCAUUCAAAUGUAUGUGGUGCUUAGAAAGUAACGUAUCACUAACAUAGAUGUAUUUAAUAGGCGAAAUUAACAACAUUUUAAAGUUUUUAAAAUAGUGAGACGUCGUUAGUCUUUUUAAUGAUAAUUUUGUGCCUUUACAUCAUAUCCGAAGUUGCCUUUAUUAAACGUUUUUACAGACGUAGCUUUUAUACAUAUUUAGAAAACAUGCGACGACGUUUAGAUAGUAUUUAACUAGAUUCCGAAUAGAGUUCCGAAAGGUUAUCUUACGUUUAAAAUGAAAUAUUUUUUCGCAUUAUUUUCGACUCGUAGUUUAUGAGGUGAUAUAAACAUGUUGAAUACUUUCGAAUAGUUUAUUUUCGCGUUAUUUAUAGAGAUGAAAUAAUAAAUUAAAAUUAGUGAUAUAGUUGUAAAGUGCUUUAUUUACAAAGUUCUGCUUUAUUUAUUACUUUUUUUUAGCUUUUCUAAUGUAUUACUUAAACAGUAUUGCGUCCAUGUACUUUUUUUGUAAUUGGAAAGUUUGGUUUUGGAUUUUCUUUUAAAUUAUUAUAGUGGCAUGAGGUGUUUUAUAGGUGUUUUUAUAUUUUUAUCAGGUUUCUAAUUAAACUAUGAAAUUGUACGAAGGUUUUAGCACAAUAGGACUCGUCGAAAAUGUUUGUCAUGUUUGGCCUAUCUCAUUUCAGUGCCACUAGUUUAAUGUGUAAAGCAUUUUUAGUCAGUAUAAGUUAUAACUUAUAACCGUCUGUUAAUAUUAAACGACUAAAAUUUUGUAAGUUUGUUUUACUUUUGGUAUUUAAAAUCUAAGAUCAACAACGACUUUGUUGCAAAUCAUUUUAUUUGCACAUUGUUCAUGUUUAUUAUAAAUAAAAAGACUUAAAACA